AUGAGAGCUUUAGCAUAUUUCGGUCAAGGCGAUGUCCAUUUUACUAAAGAUUUAAAAGAACCCACUAUUGAAGCUGAUGAUGAAUUGAUGAUUGAUAUUUCCUGGUGUGGUAUUUGUGGGACAGAUUUGAAAGAAUAUACAGAAGGUGCUAUUUUCUUCCCUAACGAUGGCGAAUGCCAUCAAAUUAGUGGUGAACCUUUACCUCAAGCUAUGGGUCAUGAAAUGGCUGGUGUCGUUUCUAGAGUUGGUCCAGGGGUUAAGAAAUUUAAAGUAGGUGACCAUGUUGUUGUCGAACCUACCGGUACUUGUAAAGAUAGAUAUCGUUGGAAAAAUAGUCCAAGUAAGAACGAUGAUAUGUGUAAUGCCUGUAAGAAAGGUUAUUAUAACAUCUGUUCCAAAUUAGGUCUUUGUGGUGCUGGUGUUCAAAGUGGUGGUUUUGCUGAAAGAGUAGUUAUGAAUGAAUCUCAUUGUCAUAAAGUUCCAGACGAUUUACCAUUAGAUAUUGCAGCUUUGAUUCAACCUAUUGCUGUCUGUUGGCACGCUCUUAGAAUCUGUAAUUUCAAAAAGGGUUCUUCUGCCUUAGUCGUCGGUAGUGGUCCUAUUGGUCUUGGUAUCAUUUUAGCAUUACAUGGCCAUGGUUGUACUGACAUUGUCGUUUCAGAACCAGCAAAAAUUAGAAGAGAUUUUGCCAAGGAAUUAGGUGCUACUGUCUUUGAUCCAUCAAGUCUACCUACUCACGAAGAAAGUAUUAAAUAUUUAAGAUCUAUUGCUCCAGGUGGCGAUGGGUUUGAUUACACUUUUGAUUGCUCUGGUAAUCAAUAUACUUUUAACGCAUCUAUUGAAUGCUUAACUUUCAAUGGUACCGCAGUAAACGUUGCCAUGUGGAAUCAUAAACCAAUCCAGUUCUUCCCUAUGGCCAUUACAUCACAAGAAAAGAGAUACAUGGGAUCCAUGUGUUACACUGCUGAAGAUUUUGAAGCAGUCAUUGCUGCAUUCGAAUCUCGUUCUAUUAAUUGGCAACUAGCUGAAAAAUUAAUCACAGGUAAAGUACCCAUUGAACGUGGUGUUGAUGACGCCAUUUUACAAUUAUUACACAACAAGGAACACACUGUUAAGAUUCUUCUGACGCCAAACAACAAUAAUGAAUUGGGCAAUAAAAAGUCUUUUCGCCAGUUGGGUAAAUUGUAA